AUGAAGAGGAGCUUGCCUUCAGCGAUGAUCUCCAUUACGCGACAUGGAGCGACAUGGCCCAACCAGAGCAUUCAGACCGACUCCUCCGAACACCGCACUCUGAUAAUCACGCGGACUGUCGGGAGGACGCGAGAGUCUACGAUAAAUCUGCCGUCGUUGCUUGUAAUAGCUUGGGCUACCGACAAUAAGGAGUACGCAGGGGUUCGAAGACCUGCGCCAGCUCCGACCUUCGAGCAUUACUCUGAGAUGAAGGCCCUGACACCGCAAACCGCACAUCGCCUCUUUGAUUUCAGCAUGUCUUGCCCCUCGAUCACGGCCGAGGGAAUCAUAGUCCUUUUGCUUCAUUUUUGCUGGAUUCCCCUUCCGCCUAAUUCUAGAGAUACCCCCGGACAUCACGGGUUACCUUAUUCAACCCUUUUACCCUUCGACUUCGCACCUUCGACCGACUUCUUCUUUUUUACGGUUCCGAAUCAUGACACAACACACAUUAGACUUGGGGGGCACACACACCGAACUACGCAAUAUACGGCCUUUUUGAGAUUCUUUCAGCGCGUGUCCCGUCUUUGGGAGCGCGUUGAUGGUUUCGCAUAA